AUGUCGUCCCCCGCAGCGCUGAAAAGCAAGGUGCGCCUUACACGGCCCUUUGUGCAGAAUUUUGUGGUUGGAUGUAUCCUCUUCUGUCUGCCGGGUAUCUACGUCGCCAUAACGGGUCUCGGAGCCGGUGGCGGCAAAGCAUCAUCCGCCGAAGUGGCCAACAAUAUCAACGCCAUCCUCUACGGCAUCUUCUCCUUUGGCGCUCUGGUGGUCGGGUUUGUGUUGAACAAGUUGAAGCCGCGGACAUGUCUGAUGAUCGGAGGCAUUGGCUACCCCGUCUACGUGGCCGGCCUGUGGUACUUUGACCGCACCGGGAACGACUGGUUUCCGUACCUGGGAGGCACCGUGCUGGGAUGCACCAGUGGCUUUCUCUGGACCGCUGCGGCCUACGUGCAAUUCUCGUACCCGGAAGAGCACUGCAAAGGCUUAUACAUCAGCAUACAGUGGUCUAUCCGAGCCGUGGGCGCCACGGUCGGUGCCUUGAUCGCAUUUGGGGCCAACUUCCAUCAGACCAAAGCCGUGGGAGUUUCCACCCCGGUGUAUGCCGUCUUCGUCGUCAUUCACUGUGCCGCCAUCUUCAUCGCCUUUUUCUUCAUCGUCGAUCCCGCCACUGUCGUGCGUGACGAUGGCACUCAUAUUGCCGUCUUCAAACGACCACACAUGGCCACCGAACUCAAGAUCCUGGGCCAGACCGCCAUCGAACCAAAGUACCUGAUCUUGGCCAUUCCUAUGCUGGCCUGUGAAAUGGCUCUGGCUCUUGCCAGCAGCGUCAGCUCCAAAUGUUUUAAUCUACGCACGCGCACCGUCAACAACAUUGGCUUCCAAGGAAUCCAAUUCGUCGUGCCAUUCAUCCUGGCCAUGAUCCUCGACAACCCUCGUGUCAAGUCUCGACGCCGGAGAGGACUAUUCGGCGCUGCUCUCAUGAGUGCGCUGGCCAUCGGUGCCUGCGCCGGGCUGCUCGGCUGGAUGGAGGUUCACAACGUGGAUUAUCUGGCCAAGUCGCCCGCUUGGGACUGGACUGACUCGCAGUUCGGCGGCUUCUUCGUCCUGUACGUCCUGUUCGGCUCCAUCUACUCGGGCUACCAAAUGGUGGUGGAAUGGACCUUGGGCGCCACCACCAACGACCCGGUCCGCCUGGCCAAAGUGGCCGGCUUGCUCAAGUCCUACUCGAGCUUCGGCAUGUUCAUCUCAUUCAUCCUGGCCGGCCAGAAAGUCAAGUUCUACAUUCAGACCACCGUCCAGAUCAUUCUCUAUGCCCUGGGCGCUCUGUGCAUGGUCUACACUCUAAUGCGCAGCAUCACCAACACCAAUUACUUCAAGGAGGAAAAUGUCAUUGUGCCUCGCAAAUUCAUGGAAGAUGCCACCAUCCGAGGCGAAGCCACAGAUGAACAAGUCCAACUGGAACAUGACAAGAAGGUACUUGCAGACUCGGUCGCCGUCACUGUGCCUGCGGAAAAGGGUUCGGAUGCGGCAGAAGUUGGGUCGUAA